UGCUUCUUCGCUGUCAUUGCUGCUGAUUAGUUAAGGGGAGGGGCUACCAUUUCGAUGCUUUUCUUGCAUAGCGGUUUUGGGCUGGGUAAAACCACUGUGGCUCCGCAGAGCGGUUUUCCUGAGAUUUUUUUUUUUAGCUGCUGAAAACUGUAGUCUUUUUCUCUCCUCUCUCCCUGUAAGAUUUCUCCUCCCAUUUUUUUCGUCUUUCCUCCACCCUUUCUGGGUCUCCAGAUGAUGCCUCCCCCCUUGUGCUGCAUGCAGCCCAUAGCUUAGAACCUCUGCAGAGAGGGGGAUACAGGGCGUAUUGCCAAUACAAUGUAUUCUAUUUAUUAGGGAACCCUGAACAUAUACACGUGUUAUUGUUUUUUCCUAUGGCUUUAAUACGUCCAGAACACCAGAUCUUCCGUUUACAUUAGGAUUUACUGAUUUCUUGAUUUUCCAACUCAGGAUAUAUAUUUUUUAGAAAAUGGAGAACGAGAUAUUUGCUCCUCUGCUAGAAAAUUUUAUGUCAAGCCCCCUGGUGAUCUGGAUCAAGACUUUUGGUGCCUUGGUCAAAGGAAAUGGAACCCAGCUAGACGAAUAUGUGGCUUUAGUAGAUGGUGUAUUCCUGAAUGAAGUCAUGUUUCAGAUAAAUACAAAAGCAGAUACUCAAAGAAUAUAUAAGAAGAUAAAUAAUGAUGCGUCCCUUAGGAUACAAAACUUAUCUGUUUUAGUGAAACAAAUCAAAUCCUAUUAUCAGGAAUCUUUGCAGCAACUUGUAAUGAUGAAUUUGCCAAAUAUCUUAAUCAUUGGGAAAACCCCAUUUUCUGAACAAGCUACUGAAGAGAUGAAGAAACUACUGUUACUUUUGCUGGGCUGUGCUGUUCAAAGUGAAAGAAAGGAAGAGUUCAUUGAAAAAAUACAGGACCUAGAUUUUGACACAAAAGCAGCUGUUGCAGCCCAUAUUCAAGAGGUAACACACAAUCAGGAAAAUGUAUUUGACCUGCAGUUAAUGGACCAAGCAGAUCUGUCUCGAGAGGAUUUAGAGUCUCUUUUUAAAAGUACUGCUUUCCAGUUAAAGAAGCUGGUCGAUGAACGAGAUGAACAUUCAGAGACUAUUAUCAGCCUCACUGAAGAGAGGGACUCUUUUCACUGUGCACCUUUACCAGCAUCUGCACAUUCUCCAUCUGGAUCACCAAACAUGAGGCGUACAGAGAGCAGACAGCACCUAUCUGUGGAGUUGGCAGAUGCAAAAGCUAAAAUAAGAAGGCUACGGCAGGAACUGGAAGAAAAAACAGAGCAGUUUUUGGAUAGUAAACUGGAAAUCGGACAGCUGGAAUCAGAGCUAAAGCGACUGCAACAGGAGAAUAUGAAUUUGCUAGCGGAUGCCCGGUCUGCUAGAGUGUACCGAGAUGAACUGGAUGCACUGAGGGAAAAGGCGAUCAGAGUUGACAAGCUUGAAAGUGAAGUGAGCCGAUACAAAGAGAGAAUGCAUGAUAUUGAGUUUUACAAGGCCAGAGUUGAGGAAUUAAAGGAAGACAAUCAAGUGCUUUUGGAAACGAAGACAAUGCUGGAAGAUCAAUUGGAAGGGGUCCGAAGCCGUUCUGAUAAAUUGCAUGAGUUAGAAAAAGAAAAUCUGCAGCUAAAAGCUAAAUUCAAUGACAUGGAAAUGGAACGGGAUAUGGAUAGAAAGAGAAUUGAAGAAUUAAUGGAAGAAAAUAUGUCACUAGAAAUGGCUCAGAAGCAAAGCAUGGAUGAGUCUCUCCAUCUAGGCUGGGAACUGGAGCAGUUAUCCAAAACCAGUGAUCUCCCAGACACUCCACAGAAGUCUCUUGGUCAUGAAGUUAGCGAACUGACAUCCAGCAAGCUUCUGAAGCUAGAGAUGGAAAACCAGACUUUACUUAGUACAAUAGAGGAGCUGAAGACUACCAUGGGAUCUGCCCAGGGAACCACUACAAAGGUCCUGAAAAUGGAAAAAGAAAACCAAAGACUGAGCAAAAAGCUAGAGAAAAUUGAAGCAGAGCUUAAUCAUGAGAGACAGAGUAUUCAGAGCAGCCAACAUCUGAGCAAUGAUCUGAUGAAAGAAAAAGCCCAACUGGAAAAGACUUUGGAAACGCUCCAUGAGAAUUCUGAGAGACAGAUCAAAGGAUUGGAACAAGAAAAUGAGCACUUAAAUCAAACCAUUGCUUCCUUGAGACAGAGAUCUCAAAUUGGGGCUGAAGCAAGAGUCAAAGACAUUGAAAAAGAAAAUAAAAUUCUACAUGAAACCAUUAAAGAAACGAGCAGUAAAUUAAACAAAUUGGAAUUUGAAAAGAAGCAAAUUCGGAAGGAGCUAGAGCACUUCAAAGAAAAGGGGGAACGGGCAGAAGAAUUAGAAAAUGAAUUGCAUCGUAUGGAAAAAGAGAAUGAACUCUUGCAAAAGAAGAUCACUAGUUUAAACAUAAUUUGUGAAAAGACAGACUCUUUAGAACAAGAAAAUGCGGGCUUAGAAGUAGAAAAUCGGAAGCUUAAAAAGACUUUGGAUAGUUUAAAGAACCUAAAAUAUCAAGUAGAGUCACUGGAAAAAGAAAAUAGCCAAUUGGAAGAAGAGAACUUAGCUCUGAGAAGGACUGUUGAGUCGCUAAAGAGUGCAAAUAUUAAAAUGGCACAGUUAGAAUUAGAAAAUAAAGAACUAGAAAAUGAGAAAGAACAGUUAAGGAAAAGUAUGGACCUUAUGAGAGCAUCAUGCAAGAAAACGGAACGUUUGGAAGUAAGUUACCAAGGAUUGGACACUGAAAACCAAAGGCUACAAAAAGCACUAGAAAACAGCAAUAAAAAAAUUCAACAACUGGAAAAUGAGUUGCAGGACCUUGAAUCGGAAAACCAAACUUUGCAAAAAAAUUUGGAAGAGUUAAAGAUUUCUAGUAAACGGCUAGAACAGCUGGAGAAGGAAACAAAGCUCUUAGAUCAGGAAACCUGCCAGUUAGAAAAGGACAAGAAACAAUUAGAGAAGGAGAAUAAGAGACUUCGCCAACAGGCAGAAAUUAAAGACAUUACCCUGGAAGAGAACAACGUGAAAAUCUCAAACUUAGAAAGAGAAAACAAGCUACUGUCUAAAGAAACAACUGCAUAUAAGGAAUCGUGCGCACGGCUGAAAGAGCUAGAAAAAGAGAACAAAGAGCUUGUGAAGAGCGCUACUAUUGAUAAGAAAACAUUAGUAACCUUAAGAGAGGAUCUGGUGAAUGAGAAGUUAAAAACACAGCAGAUUAAUAAUGAUCUGGAAAAAUUAACCCAUGAACUAGAGAAGAUAGGAUUAAAUAAAGAGCGUCUUCUACAUGAUGAGCAGAUGAGCGAUGACAGAUACAAACUUUUGGAGUCAAAAUUAGAGUCAACGCUGAAGAAAACUUUAGAAAUUAAAGAGGAAAAAAUUGCUGCCCUUGAGGCUCGAUUAGAAGAAUCUACUAAUUUUAACCAACAACUUCGCCAGGAACUAAAAACUGUAAAAAAAAAUUAUGAAGCACUUAAGCAGAGGCAAGAAGAAGAAAAAGUGGUACAGACCUCUCCCCCAAGACAUGGUGAUGAAAAUGUAAAUAAAUGGGAGCGGGAGAGUCAGGAGACGACUAGAGAACUGCUAAAGAUCAAGGAUCGGUUGAUAGAAAUUGAGAGAAAUAACGCUACUCUGCAGGCAGAGAAACAAGCACUAAAAACUCAACUGAAGCAAAUGGAAACUCAAAAUGAUAAUUUGCAAGCACAAAUCAUGACACUUCAGAAGCAAACCAUCUCACUGCAGAUGCAAAGUACAAACUUGCAGACUCAAAAUGCCAAACUUCAGGUUGAAAAUUCUACACUCAAUUCAGAAAGAACAUCACUUAUGAACCAAAAUUCACAGCUGCUUGUCCAGCAGUCUGGCCUAGAGAGUGAAAAUGAAUCUCUUGUUAAGGAUCAAGAGGAACUUAAAUCCAUGUAUGACUUGCUAGUUAAGGAUCAUGAGAAAUUAGCACAAGUGCAUGAGCGGCAAGCUGCUGAGUAUGAGUCGCUGAUCUCCAAGCAUGGGAAUCUGAAGUCUGCCCACAAAAAUCUGGAGGUGGAACAUAAGGAUCUUGAAGACAGAUAUAAUCAGCUGCUGAAGCAGAAGGGUCAGUUAGAGGAACUGGAAAAAGCGCUGAAAGAAGAGCAAGGCAAAAUGUUUCAGGAAAACAAGAAACAUACCAUGUUAUCGUCUGACUAUCAGAGGCUCACUGAGGAGCAUGAGAGGCUUAAUCACACAUACAGACAACUCCUGAGAGAAAAUGAAAGCUUGCAAAGUGACCACAAAAACAUGAAAAGUUUGCUAAAUAAUGGAAAGCUUGAACAGACGAGGUUAGAAGCUGAAUUUUCGAAAAUGAAAGAAGAGUAUCAGGAAUUGGACAUCAAAUUCACAAAGCUAAAUAACCAUUGUGAGCUUUUAAGCCAGCUUAAGGGAAAUCUUGAAGAAGAAAACAAACACCUGUUAGAUCAGAUACAGACAUUAAUGCUGCAAAACAGAACAUUACUGGAGCAAAAUCUGGAAAGUAAAGAUCUUUUCCAUGUAGAACAGAGACAGUACAUCGAUAAAUUGAAUGAGCUCAGGAGACAGAAAGAAAAAUUAGAAGAGAAGAUAAUGGACCAGUACAAAUUCUAUGAACCGUCUCCUCCCAGAAGGAGAGGGAAUUGGAUAACUUCAAAAAUGAGGAAGCUGAUUAAGCCCAAGAAAGAGGUUAACCGAGAGCGCAUGAGAUCGCUUACUCUCCCUCCUCGUUCUGAGUCUAGCGAAGGGUUCCUGCAGAUCCCCCUACAGGACAGCCAAGAUAGCUCGUCAGUAGGCUCCAAUUCUCUUGAAGAUGGACAUCCACUUGGAGCCAAGAAAAGCAGCAUGGUUGCACUGAAAAGACUGCCCUUUAUGAGGAACAGACCGAAGGAUAAAGACAAAGUGAAGGCUCUCUACCGCCGAUCCGUGUCCAUGAAUGAUCUGGUGCAGUCCAUGGUCCUGGCAGGUGGACAGUGGACAGGUAGUGCUGAGAAUCUGGAGGGUCCUGAUGAUAUUGCUACUGGAAAAAGGAGGAAAGAUUUGGGAUCUAUGGCCUUCUCUACAACAGCAAUCAACUUUUCAGCUGUCAACCUUUCCUCGAGCUUCAGAUCCAAGCAGUUACCUAAAAGUCAAGAUGGUGCUUCCUAUGAAGAUGUAAAUGCCCAUUCAGUCAGUGAUGAUUCCAGCGCUUUAUCAUCUGCUCCUGCUCCCAGACCUUACAGCCUUGAUAGUGGCAGAACAUCCUGCAUUAAUAGUAAUAAUAAUGCAUCACUCCAUGAGGUCACAGCAGGUGCUGUGUCUAACCAAAGUACGUGUAGGUCCCAAAGCCAGAGCAGUGGGGAAUUCAGUUUGCAACAAGAACAAGAUGUUUGGUCCAGCAGUAGCAAUCCGGCCCAGCACAUUGGCAAUCGCCUAAAGAAAUCUGCUGUGUCCAGCCCUAUGCUGAGACUUAAAUCGUACGAUGCCCCAGACAGUCCGGCACAGUCCAAGGGGAGACUCGGCUCUCCGGGAAGUGAAGUUGUCUCUCUUAAACAGUUUCUCGAGGAAAGCAACAAGCUCACUGUGUCCCAGAUUCGCUCUGGAAGCCAGGAAAACCUUCUAGAUGAAGUUAUGAAAAGUCUGUCUGGUUCUGUUGAACUGGCAGGAUUACAGUCUCCUUCUCAGUUGUCUCCUGGCAUGUUAUUAAGUGACAUAAAGACUGCAAAACCAGAGCAAUGCGUGAGGCCCAGCCCCCGCAGAACAGAAGUCACGCGCUUUACAUUCCCUCCAGUAGUAAACACGCAAUCCUCAGAUGGAAGCUCCUCUCUAGCACAAAGGCAGACAAAAGAUACAAACCCAUAUGCAACUUUACCUCGUGCAAGUAGUGUGAUCUCUACUGCAGAGGGUACAAAUCGGAGGACAAGUAUUCAUGACUUUUUAUCCAAAGACAAUAGGUCACCUGUAUCAGUUGAUCCAUCACCAACAACAGAGGAUGCCCCUUCCUUAUCGAAUGUGGAGACAUCACAAGAAAUCAGGCUUUCAAAAAGCAGGUCUAGUGAGCAGAAAACCCCUUAAUUUAGUCACCCAGUUCAAGUGAUAUCACAAGUGAGAGAAAAGUGCCCUUGAGUUUGUCAUUGUGAAGUUUUUAUUUGUGAAGUUACAAGACUCGUGCCGCCAUGCACAUUAUUAUGUGAGAAGGUUGUUGCAAAGCCUCAGCAAUUGCGCUGGAAAUGUUUGACUCUUUCCUUCCUUGAAUCAAGGAGUCCUGAUGGCGUGAAUGCACACAAGCGUUUCCUGCACUUUAGCACCGGGGAAUAUAGUCUUCGAUCCUGCUCAGGAAACACAGUGUAUGUGAGAAUCACUCGUGGAAAUGAACUACUUUUUAUUUGUGAAUAAACUUUUCAACUUUUAUGAUUCCUUUAGGACAACUGCACCAAUUUGCAUUUUUUUGGCAAGUCACAAGCUUCCAGGCUCAAUCACUGCUUUAUGUGGUUAGCUUAUAUUGAAAUGGUGAUGCUUUUAAAACUUUUUAAAGCUGAAAAUGUCGCUCGUCACGUGUUCAGGAACUCUUCCGUGAAUGCACAAGCUUUUGGGUUUAAUUCUGAAUACGGAUUUAUAACCUCUCUAUUUGGCACUUUCUCACAAUUCAUCUUACCCGCCUAUACUUGGGUAUUCAUAAUACUUUUUUCUACUAUCUCUCCUCUCUGAAGUUGCCAUAAACCUUGGCGUGGGUCGUCUCUAAACUUUUAAUAAAGGCGCUUAUGUACUAUAUGCCAAGGUCUAUAGUCCUUAUUAUUCCGAUUGUACUGGAAAACAAUGACCUCUCUGCACUGAGGAUGAAAAAGAGGAUUAUCAGUGUGUUUGUCCAGAAAACCAAUCAAUUUCUUAACAAAAUUUAACUUAAUUGUCAUAAUGGAUAGCCAUGUUUUGUUUUUUGUUUGUUUGUUUUUUUCUGUUUUAUUUUUUAUUGAAAUGACAACUACGCGUUAAAUCUGGGUAACGGGCAAGUGUGAUUGCUUCAUUUGGAUGCGUGUAGGACUUUUUCUGUACAAUGUUUCAGUGGCAAAAAAGAUGAAUCUUUAUUUAAACAAUUCUGUCUUAAUAUAUUUUCCCAUGUUUUGUUUCAGCUUUGUCCUAUUUGCAAGACAAUGUACAUGACGCAUAUAACAAACAUCUUUAUAGAUGUUUCACUAUUAUGGUUAUCAGAUAUUAAACAAUUUCAUUUUUAAUACUAAA